AUGUCGUCUGCCGGCCGCCGUCCCACGGCGCUCCUGCAGAUCGCUCUCUUGGUCGUCGUCGCCGCGGUCAUCAUCAACAGCUCCGUCUGCCUUGGAGCCGCCGCUUACACGACACCAGGGAGCGGUAGCAACGACCCUAACCACCCUGCUGUUCCGACGCCGGGCGGUGCUGGUGGUCAACCCUACACUGGCCGUGGGUGCCGCACAGCUUACGGAUGUAAACCACCGGCGGGUAGCCAGCCCUAA